AUGCAUCUAGUUCUGGGCAUGGACAUUGCGGGGGAAAUUGUCAAUGCUGGAUCAUCAACGCUGUACCAUAAAGGAGACCGUGUGCUCGCGCCUGGUGUAGUCGGAUGGAGUGACAGCUGCUCAUUUCAAACACAUGCGCUCAUAUCCGAACCAAAUCUCGCAAAGAUCCCAGAAAACAUCAAUUUUGAGGGGGCAGCGACCAUUCCCUUUUCGCUUGCAACAGCAGCCUGUAGCCUGUUUGUGUCACUCGGAAUAAAUUAUGAGAAGCCGGUCACAGAGGCAAUUCCUAUAUUAAUUUGGGGUGCUACAGGCAAUGUUGGCUCUUUUGCUGUACAGCUCGCCAAACUCUCGGGCUUCCAGCCUAUCGUGGCAGUGGUUUCUUCUCCCACGAAGAUCUCCCAAGCAGCAGCAUUGGGCGCAGAUGUGGUCGCUGAUAGCCAGGACCCAGAUCUGGUCAGUAAAAUCCAGGCAGCAGCACCUGGCCUGCAUUAUAUUCUGGACACUGUAGUCACUUCGGAAACAGUGCAAACUGCGAUCCAAUGCUUAGCGCAACAAAGUGGUAUAAUUGCCACCGCUAUCGCCUACGCGGGACUAGUCCCGCAAGCUGUGACCGUGGCUCCAAUUUUCUCAGGCAGUAUCUUUGGUAAGACCCUGAAGGGCGAAGAAGACAAAGUUGGGGCUCAAGUCGGGCAGUGGCUGUGGCAGCAGCUACCUAUAUGGUUACAGUCGGGGGCCAUUCGUCCCUUGGAUUAUGAAGUGAUCGGAGACCUCGCAAGUAUACCAGUAGGGCUGAAACGGCUGGAGGAGCACAAUGCUCCGCGGAAACUGGUGGUAGUGCCAUAG